GGCGCCAGCCCCGGCGCAGACCCCGGCGCAGUCGCUGGCCGGCCCUGCUCUACCGGGCCCCUUCCCCGGCGGCCGUGUGGUCCGGCUGCACCCGGUCAUUUUGGCCUCCAUCGUGGACAGCUACGAGCGACGCAACGAGGGUGCUGCCCGAGUUAUCGGGACUCUGCUGGGAACCGUUGACAAGCACUCAGUGGAAGUCACCAACUGCUUUUCAGUGCCGCACAAUGAGUCAGAAGAUGAGGUGGCCGUUGACAUGGAAUUUGCUAAGAACAUGUAUGAAUUGCACAAGAAAGUCUCUCCAAAUGAGCUCAUCCUGGGCUGGUAUGCUACAGGCCAUGACAUCACAGAGCACUCUGUGCUGAUCCACGAGUACUACAGCCGGGAAGCCCCCAACCCCAUUCACCUCACUGUGGACACGAGCCUCCAGAAUGGUCGCAUGAGCAUCAAGGCUUAUGUCAGCACUUUAAUGGGUGUCCCGGGGAGGACCAUGGGGGUGAUGUUCACACCUCUGACGGUGAAAUACGCAUACUAUGACACUGAACGCAUUGGAGUUGACCUGAUCAUGAAGACCUGUUUUAGCACCAACCGGGUCAUUGGACUCUCAAGUGACUUGCAGCAAGUAGCGGGGUCAUCGGCUCGCAUCCAGGAUGCCCUCAGCACAGUGUUGCAGUAUGCAGAGGAUGUGCUGUCUGGAAAGGUGUCCGCUGACAAUACUGUGGGCCGCUUCUUGAUGAGUCUGGUUAACCAAGUACCCAAGAUUGUUCCUGAGGACUUCGAGACCAUGCUCAACAGCAACAUCAAUGACCUGCUGAUGGUGACCUACCUGGCCAAUCUCACGCAGUCACAGAUUGCCCUGAAUGAGAAACUUGUCAACCUGUGAAUUGGUCCCAGCACUCGUUCUACUCUGGCUCCAGUGCUAGGACUCAGAAUGGAGUGAAGUGGAAAUGGCUUCUUGUGGUUUGAGUCACACUGAGUGAGUCAGUUGCUUGUGACUCUAAAAUAAACAUAGCCUAUCUUUUGUAAAUGAA